AUGCUUACCCGCUCUUUAAUGCUACUGAGCGCCUUCGGGUACUCCGUACUCGCUGCUCAAAAAGCGGGACCUCUGAAGGCAGGAUCUGGCGUUUCGCCUCGUCAGCUCGAGGAGUGCAACACACCCGGGUGGAUUCCAGUGUGUCCUGGCGAUCUUCCGUGCAUCCCACCUUCGGGUACAUGCUGCACAGGCGACUACUACCACCUCCCAGGCGAGGAGUGCCCUGAUGGAUACUCUGAAGUCCCUCGCAUCGAUCAAUCCAACCCCCCUUCUGCUUCCAUCACACCAGCACCCUCCGCAAGCUCGAUCCCAGACCCAACCUUCGUCGACUAUCAAUGGUACACCUACUCGUACACAUACACCUACUACUAUUAUUACUACUAUUACUUCGACUUCUCAUACGAGAUUACCUCCACCGAGACAACCUUCUACACAGCCUUCUCGUUCACUGCUACGGACGAGGUGGCCGCGAACUCUGUGUUUGAGUCUGUCACUGCUGCGAUAGUUGAUGCUGUACCUACACAAUCGGAGACGCCUACGCUUGGUUCUGUUCCAGCUUCCACUGCAACCUUGGAACCGGCAUCCACACCAUUGGUCACGCCGUCAUCGACAAGGGUGAUCACAUCUUCAAGGAUCACAUCUUCAAGAUUGUCGACGUCCUCGGAGGAUGCUACACCAACUGUUGAAGAUACCUCGUCUAGUUCCACUCCAACACAGUUCACUGGAGCUGCUGCCAGCCUUCGUGCUGGAAGUGUUACAGUUCCUGGUAGUGUCUUCGCAUUCACGCUUGGAGCAUUCAUCCUGACUCCGGGUAUGCUGAUGCUUCUGCUCUGA